AUGUUCUGGAAUAGAAAUCAUUUCAUCAGAUUUCAUCAGAUUAUUUUGAUUGGAAUUUUCUCGAUUCUUAUUGGAAGCUCUGAGCCAUUUAGAAAAUUGAGCCCUGAUGAGAAUCAAUCUCGAUUGAAAUCUUGUGGAAAUUUCAAACUUCCUCAACACUCCCAGGAUGCAAAUGGAGUCAUAAUCACAAAAGAACCAUAUGAAUUGAACAACGUCGUAACGUUCACAGCAUGUACCAUACAACAAGCUUUUGCGACAGCUACUGCAAUCUCAUCUCGUCACAUUUUAACAUCUUCUCAUGUAUUUAUUGACGGUCGAAGGAAAUGGAGAUGGACUGGACAAUCUGUGCAGUGUUCCGCCGGUUCAGCUGAUCUUGACGUUCCAUCUGAAGUACUCAAGUCCAUUGAUCGUCUCCCCCUGACUCGAGCUACAAUAUUUGAUGUUUGUGACCCUACAAACAAAGACUUCAAGUAUGGCACUGACAUCUCCAGGAGUUUAAUGCUUGCUGAAACGAAUGGAACGUUCAACGAUUACUUUUGUCUCGCAAGUGAGGUCACAAGUGUUCAUAAAGACGAGUUAUUGGAUUCAUAUGGACUUGCUUGGAAUAAAGGCACUUAUGAAUUGUAUCACAGAAAGUUGAAGUUUGUCGGCUACGGACAGGCGCCCCAUUCGAUGUUCACAGAAGGGUACAUAUCAAAAGACGAAUUCGCAAGUGCUUUGGUCAAAGAAAAAGACGGAAAAAAUAUGCUUUUGGGAAUUGGGUCAGCAAAUAAUCAAAAAAGCGUCCGAUUCGAUGGGCACUUUUUCAAAAUCGUAGACUUUAAAGAUACGAUUUGUUCACUGGCUGGAAUUUGUGAUCCGAAAACAACCACUACGACUACCACGACUACCACCACUCCAAUCCCCACGACUCCAACCUCUACAAAUUCAGUUAUCACGAUUCCCAUGAAUAAUCCGCCGACCGCUACUACUUCUCAACCCCCAUCAACUCCCUCCACGUCAUCUGAUACUGGAAAACGAGAACUUCCAGCUUUUGUCAUGCCAUUUUUUCCAGGUAGCUCAAUUUUCGAAAAACUCCCAAAACUUCUUUACUUUCGAAUGAAUGAUCCAUUAGAGCUCCAUUUUCUAAACUAUUCAAUUAUUCAUACAAACCGAAGACCACCAAGUUUCAAAGCAUUAGGAGUGUUCUUUGGAACUCUUACAGUUUAUUUGAUUGGAGCUUUUAUAAUCAGUGGGCUUGCAAACUAUAUAUCUCAAUGGUGGACGUCCAAACGAGUUGGAAAAGUUACAAGAACGCCUUGGAUUCCAAAAAAUUUGUGUGAAUAUAACAUAACAUCAAAUGGAACAAUUCCGGAGGCGAGAAUUUAUUGUGGAACUCCAAAAGGAUACAAUUUGUGCAACCGCAAGAUUAUCCAUUUGAUAAAAAUUAUAUACAACUUGAGAACUCUCAAUAACUAUCCAAUUCCAAAGAACACUCAAUUGAUAUCAAUAAAAAUGAAAGGAUUCGAGCAUGGAGAAGGUCCAUAUGAAUUCAUACCAAUUCUCGGAUAUUUUCAAGGUAGACAUGGUUCGAUUCCCUUCAAAGGACCAUCACCGGGAAGCUUUUUCACUUAUCAAAUGUUUGGAGAAAAUAGGGUUCAAGUGACAAGUUAUGUGGAAGAUGGUGUCAGUUAUGUUGCUGGAUUUUGCAUUUACAUUGAGAAACAAUCAUUGUGGGAAGGUAUUGGACGAGGAGUGAGAGGAGGAGGAGAGCGGGGAAUAAGGAGAGAGCGCUGGAUUCUGGAUUUGCUGAAAAUAACAAAAACACCGUUGUACCGUGUCCUGCAUAAAUUUGAAUUGUUAGCUAAAAUAUAUAAAAUCGAAUAA